CUUCCUCUUAAGUGAUUCUUAUUCUGAGUCUCAGCUAAGUAAAGUAACCUCCAAAAUUUCACAGACAAAAAUAAAACCGUCAAACACAGACGCAAAUAGUGUUAAGUGUCUCCCACUCACGCCUUUCACCUUCUCCACUCUCUACUCUGCCGUUUCUUGCUUUUUUUCUUAGCACCCCAUUUCACCAUUCCGUCAAAAGUUGAAACUUUUUCAUAAAAAGACUCCAUUUUUGCAUUCCUUCUUCUGCAGGUGAAGAAGCUAGAGCUGGGAAAUUCACAAGAUGAAUAGGGCAUUGAUUCGUUUUCUGGUUUCUUUGUGGCUAUGUUGUUGUUGUUGGUUGGUUUCAAUUGGUGAAGCACAAGCACAAGGAGGAGAGUAUAUGAAGUACAAAGAUCCAAAGCAACCAGUUGCAGUUCGUGUUAAGGACUUACUUGAUCGAAUGACUCUUGAGGAGAAGAUUGGCCAAAUGGUUCAAAUUGAUAGGAGUGUUGCUAAUGCUGAGGUCAUGAAAAACAGUUUCAUUGGGAGUGUAUUAAGUGGCGGUGGAAGUGAACCACUUCCAAAAGCUACUGCUCAAGAUUGGGUUAACAUGAUAAAUGAAUUUCAGAAAGGGUCUCUGGCAAGUCGAUUGGGUAUUCCAAUGAUGUAUGGGAUUGAUGCUGUUCAUGGCCACAACAAUGUCUAUAAUGCUACCAUAUUUCCCCAUAAUGUUGGACUUGGAUGUACCAGAGAUCCUGACCUUUCCCAAAAGAUUGGAGCUGCAACCGCUCUCGAAGUCAGAGCGACGGGAAUUCCUUAUGUCUUUGCUCCAUGUAUUGCGGUUUGUAGAGAUCCAAGAUGGGGUCGGUGUUAUGAAAGCUACAGUGAGGAUCCUAAAAUUGUGGAACAAAUGACAGAGAUAAUACCUGGUCUACAAGGAAGUCUCCCUGCCAAUGCCAAGAAGGGAUUUCCAUAUGUUGGUGGCAAGACAAAGGUAGCUGCUUGUGCUAAGCACUUUGUUGGAGAUGGCGGUACAACCAAGGGAGUUAAUGAGAACAACACUGUGAUUGACUGGCAUGGAUUGCUUAGCCUUCAUAUGCCUGCCUAUUCUGAUUCCAUUAUCAAAGGGGUCUCGACAGUGAUGGUUUCGUACUCCAGUUGGAACGGGGUAAAGAUGCAUGCAAAUCGUGAUCUAGUCACUGGCUUCCUAAAGAACACCCUUAAGUUUAAGGGAUUUGUCAUCUCUGAUUGGCAAGGUAUCGACAAAAUCACAUCGCCACCGGAUUCAAACUACACGUACUCUGUCCAAGCUUCCAUUCAAGCCGGUGUUGAUAUGGUGAUGGUCCCGUACAAGUUUGAUGAGUUCAUUCAGGAUCUUAAUCUCUUGGUCAAGAACAAUGUCAUUCCAAUGGACCGAAUUGAUGAUGCUGUGGCGAGAAUUUUGCUUGUCAAGUUUACCAUGGGUCUUUUUGAAAAUCCUCUAGCCGAUUUCAGUUUAGUCGACCAGCUUGGAAGUCAGGGACACAGGGAUCUUGCAAGGGAAGCUGUGAGAAAAUCUCUUGUGCUGCUUAAGAAUGGGAAAAAUGGAAGUGCUCCACUUCUGCCUCUUUCAAAGAAUGUUCCCAAAAUUCUAGUUGCUGGUACACAUGCUGACAAUUUGGGUUACCAAUGUGGCGGGUGGACAAUCAAAUGGCAAGGAUUUAGUGGCAACAUGGACACAAGCGGAACAACCAUUCUUAGUGCCAUAAAAUCAGCAGUUGAUCCAAGCACUGAAGUUGUAUUUCGUGAGAACCCGGAUAGCGAAUUUGUAAAGUCCAACAACUUUGAUUAUGCUAUUGUAGCUGUUGGUGAGCUUCCUUACGCCGAGACUGCUGGUGACAGCACCACAUUGACAAUGACGGAUCCUGGUCCAAAUAUAAUCAACAAUGUCUGUGGGAAUGUUAAGUGUGUGGUUAUCAUUGUUUCUGGUAGACCUAUUGUGAUAGAACCGUACGUUUCUUCUAUAGACGCAUUGGUGGCAGCAUGGUUACCGGGCACUGAAGGCCAAGGCGUGACCGAUGCCCUUUUUGGCGACUAUGGUUUUAGCGGCAAGCUUGCUAGGACAUGGUUCAAAUCUGUGGAUCAACUCCCUAUGAAUGUUGGGGAUCCUCACUGA